AUGGAUCAGCAUCAUACACCGUCACCGGAUGCGAUAGAUGACUAUCUCGCGCUUGGUACAAUCCGUCUAGUCCGACGUACAGGAAAUGGUGAACAAGGCGCUUGGCACAUGAUCGGACCCAAGUACACGAUAUAUCCUCACCCAGAAGUAACGAAAGGGGAGGCACGAGGAUGGAUUACGACUUCAGUUAUUCCACAUGUCAGCGAUCCUGCCUACGCUUCAUUGAAGGUUCACGCCUUGCCAGAAGAUGUAAAUCGAAGCAGUCGUGGGUCAAUACAGCACCAUAGGAAGCUACUGAAGUUGCUUGCCGAUUUGAUUGACACAUCUGUCGAGGCUUGGUAUGGCAGCUUCGACCCGAACUCGCCCAUGCAAACAUACAAGGAACCCGACUUCUCGCAGGAAGAAUCUCUCUUCUACACCUUCAACACCUUGGCUUCGCCACAGAUAACUCUCGGUGACGCCGGGACAUUUGUGCACAAUCAACAGGCAAUGGCUGAUGUUUUCCAGGACAGCAUCAUUGGCCUCAAGACGCAGUUAUACCCGUAUCAGAAGCGGUCGCUUGCUGCGAUGCUACGGAAAGAGGUGCACCCUUCCAAGUCCCGUGAUCCACGCAAGCCCCGGUUUCGAGACCUGAACGGUACCGAAUUCUACUUCGAUGCGCAUGAAGGUGUCCUUCUCCGUCACCCACAUCUGUACAGUGAGUGUCGCGGAGGGAUCCUGGCAGAGACUAUGGGCUACGGCAAAACCUUGAUUUGCAUCGCACUGGUCCUAGCCACAAGAGGUCACUAUCCUGCCAUCCCCGAAGGCAGGAUCAGUACCGUUCCCGAAGAAUAUAACGAGCGGACACCAAGUCUACUCGCAUUGGCUGCAAAGAAGAUCAAACAAGCUGGAGUGCCCUGGAAGUCGCACUUUGCCGCUUUAGAAACAGAGGGGUACCAUUUUGACAGCUGCACGGAGGAGUUGGCCAAGUAUGAUGGCGAAUAUGCUGAACCAAUCUUCCACCCUACUACCCCAGACCGCAAGAAUAAGAAACGGGAAGACUUCAGGAUGCUGCGUCAGUCAUUUGCCACUUUGCUCAUCGUCCCGCUGAAUCUGCUCGUGCAAUGGCAGCACGAGAUUGUGAAACACACUCAUCCUGGUGCACUUGACGUCCUUGUGCUCGACUCGACGACAAAGGACAUACCGCCCUGGAAGUCGUUGAUGAAGUACGACAUUGUGCUCAUCACGAAAGCUCGAUUCGAGCAGGAGUACCGAGAUGAUCACCUCAACCAGGCUAGGCAAUUCAGAGGCUCAGAGAAAUUUCGCUCCCAAUUGACCGAAGUGCGAUGGCUACGCGUGAUCUGUGAUGAAGGCCAUGGUUUUGCCGGAUCAAGCUACAAGACACAUGCUGUGGCUAUGCUGGAUAAGAUGUCGAUCGAACGUCGGUGGGUCGUAUCGGGCACACCGUCGCACUCUCUCCAGGGAGUUGAGGUCAAUCUAGCACUGAACGAGACCAAUAACUUCAACGAACUAUCACGGGACCAGUCGAUCAAAACAGCCUUGCAACGACGGAGGGCUAAGGAGGCAGUAGAUGACGAGCUGAAAGACAUGGAACGGUUGCGUGCCAUCAUCGUCAACUUUCUCAAGGUCCAACCUUGGGCAAAUCAGAAAGGCGCCGACUAUGCCGACUGGAAAAAGUAUCUGCAUCCUUUCGAUGCGUCACAAAAUCGACGUUUUGCGCCAGCUCUCAAGGCCAUCCUCCAGUCGCUAAUCAUCCGACACCGGAUCGAGGACAUCGAUGCUGAUCUCUGUCUUCCUCCGCUUCACAAUACCACCGUGUGCCUCGAGCCGAGCUACUAUGACAAACUCAGCAUGAAUCUUUUCAGAAUGGUCUUGACCUCCAACGCCGUCACCUCUGAAAGAGUAGACGAAGACUACAUGUUCCAGCCCAGGAACCGCAAAUAUCUAGACGAACUCAUCAACAACCAGCGGCGCUCAAGCUUUCACUGGGUGGGCUUCACUACGCACGAAGUCGCAGAAACGGUGAGGGUGAGCGGAAAAUACCUUGACGAGCAUCUGGACACCGUCUCCGAUGGAGACGGCGCGCUCCUGACAGAAGCAAUCAUGAAUGGCGAACGCGCCCUGAACGACUCGGGUUGGAGAGCGUUCUCCUUCUACCAUGAGAUAGGAGUCUACGUCAAAGAUUUCCCCAGCGCUGCGGCGCAAGCUUGGGCCCUGAACAACGAACCCUCGGAUCCACUCCUCCUUGGCACCAAGCAAGCCCGAGAAGCACAGCAGCAUGUUCUGAAGCAUCUUGAAGGCGGCGAUCCUAGCUUCGGUCUUGUGGGAGCAGGAUUUCGAGCAAUGUUCGCAGCGCGCGGACGAGCCACCGAGGAAUUGAAGGCUCGAGAGAAAGCACGCCCGAGCCCGAACGGCAAGCCUCCAACAGCCGGGACCGCAGAAGAACCGAAGAUCAAAAACCAAGCAUCUACGUUCUCGUCCCCUGUCCGUUCCUCCAAGGCCGAAACACUCCUGGUUGCUGGCCACAAGCGCAGUUUGUCGACCAUCGGCGCUACGGUCACAGCGUCUCUGGCCAAAACCAAGGUCGUCGGCUUCACAUCCGCAAAGUUGAACUACCUGUGCUCGCGCGUGCUGUCGUUACAGAAGAGCGAGAAGAUCAUCAUCUUCUAUGAUUCCAACAACAUUGCUUUCUGGAUCGCCGAAGCACUCGAACUGCUCUCGGUCAAGUUCCUCAUCUACGCCAACACGUUGGCGGUGGCCCGUCGAGCCGCGUACCUCGCGACAUUCAACCAGUCAGACGUGUUCCGCGUGCUGCUCAUGGACUUGAAACAAGCAUCGCACGGCCUCCACGUCGCUGCCGCCACCCGCAUCUUCAUCGUGUCCCCCAUCUGGCAGCCGGACGUCGAAUCCCAAGCGAUCAAACGGGCCCAUCGCAUCGGACAGACACGGCCUGUCUAUGUAGAAACGCUAGUACUGAAGGGUACACUUGAGGAGAAAAUCCUCAAACGGCGCCGCCAAAUGAGCAAGGCCGAGCUGGUGAAAGCCGAAAAGAGCCUCCUGGACGACGACACAAUGAAUGGUGUUAUCCGCGGGGAGGGCUUCCUGAAGAUCACGGACAACGAGAAAGACCAGAUGAAGGGCGGAACGCUAGAUGAACCGGUCCCACUAUUUGAAAGACGCGACGGACCAUUCUCUGCAGACGGCACUGAAGACAGUGAUUCGAUUGUAGGCCUCGAGAGCGGGCGCUCUCCGAAGAAACGCAGAAAAUGGUCAGCAAAGGGGAAGGAGACAGGAAAGGACAAUGGUGGGAAGGGCUCGGAAAAGACCGUGGCAUCUGCCGCUGCUGCGGACACGCUGCUGUCCCCGCCAGUCACGCCCGCCGCGCAGACGAGGUCCUCGAUCUUUGGGGGUGGUAGUGGUAGUGGCACCGGUUCCCCUGUCACCACCGCGAAGCCGAAGAAGAGCGUGGGAUUCAUGAUUGAGGCUACGAGUCACACGUCCCCGACUUCUGGGUCGGACCCCAGUUCUGGUUCCGGCACGGGUUAUGGUACGGGUCCUUGUUUUAAUCGUGGUCCUGGGCCUGGUCCUGGUUCCGGAGGAAUGCUUACUUGA